CACUGCCCAAACAGACUCACACUUCAGAGAACCUCUCCCCCACCGCCAUGGAUCCGCACCUCUCGCCGGACGACAUCGCCGACGACUUUCUAAGCAUGAGUUUCAACUCCACCACCACCGCCACUACCACCACCACCGAUAUCCACCGCUCCACCAGCUCCGGCUCCGACUGGACCAAUUCCUCCUCCGCCACUCCCCUCAAACCUCAUUACCCCUCCGGCGACCCCCGCUGGGACUCCAUCCGCCGAUUCCCCUCCCUCUCCUUCUCCGACCUCCGAUUCCUCCACCGUCUCGGCGCCGGCGACAUCGGUUCCGUCUAUUUAGCCGAACUCAAACCGCCGCCGCCGCCGUCGUCGGAAACGCCUAAAUCGGCGGUUCCUGGCGCCGUUUUCGCAGCAAAAAUUAUGGAUAAAAAGGAGCUGGCGAGCCGUAAUAAGGGAGGGAGAGCGAGGACGGAGAAGGAGAUCCUGGAAAUGGUGGAGCAUCCGUUUCUUCCGACGCUCUACGCCGCCAUUGACUCCCCGAAGUGGUCGUGCCUUUUGACGGAGUUCUGCCCCGGCGGAGAUCUGCACGUCCUCCGCCAGCGUCAGCCGUGCCGGAGAUUCGCCGAAUCGGCGGUCAGGUUCUAUGCGUCCGAAGUCGUCGUAGCGCUAGAAUACAUUCACAUGAUGGGAAUUGUGUACCGCGAUCUCAAACCCGAAAACGUUUUGGUCCGAUCCGACGGCCACAUUAUGCUGACCGAUUUCGACCUAUCGCUAAGGUGCGACGAGUCAACAUACACCCCAGCCCAAGUCAUCUCCGGUGCCAAAACUCUGCGACCUAAUUCCGAUUACGCCCCCGAGCCCGAUCCCCGCCCACCCGCCUCGUGCAUUCUUCCCAAUUGCAUCGUCCCCGCCGUGUCGUGUUUCCACACGAAGCGGCGGCGGAAAAAGAAGUGGAGGACGAGCCAACGCGCGGAGGCGGCGGCGGAGCUCUUCGUGGCGGAGCCAAUCGACGUACGGUCAAUGUCAUUUGUAGGGACCCACGAGUAUUUGGCGCCGGAAAUUGUGUCGGGAGAAGGGCAUGGCAGCGCCGUCGAUUGGUGGACGUUGGGGAUAUUCAUUUACGAGCUUUUUUACGGCGCUACGCCGUUCCGCGGGGCGGAUCACGAAAUGACGCUGGCGAAUAUCGUGGCGCGGGCGCUCGAGUUCCCGAAGGAGGCUUCCGGAACGACGUCGACAGUGAUUAGUAGCGCCGGGAAGGACUUGAUUACGCAGCUGCUGGCGAAGGACCCAGAGCGGCGAUUGGGGUCGAUGAUCGGUGCAGCGGCGGUGAAGCGCCACCCGUUCUUCGAGGGGGUCAAUUGGGCGCUGCUGCGGUGCGCCGCGCCGCCGUACGUCCCGCCGGAGUAUAGCCGUGAUGAUGCCGCCGGUGGUGGUUGUUUCUCUUCUGAUGAGAGUUGCUCUGAAACUCACUUUGAGUAUUACUAGCUAUUAUUAUAUUAUUAUUAUUAUUAUUAUUAUUAUUAUUAUGUAAUAUAUUGAGUUUGGUGUAAUUUGUAAAUAAUUAACUAUGUGUAAUUUAUAAUGUUACCUACUUUUGGUAUUCUUUGAG